UGCUCCGUUUUCAAAGGGCGUCGUCAAUUCGUAGCCGCAGUCAACUGUUCGCAGCGCCUCUUUCUGGAUUUCAUCGAAACUGGGAAGAAGCAUAACAUAUUGUGAGCUCCUUCCAUCUUUUACUUAGCGGCGUUUCUCAUUUCUUUAUUUAUCUUUACGUUCUUUUUGGUAUUUUCACGUCUUUUCUUCACCAACUUUCCGCCAUUUUAUCUGUCUCUCUGACGGUUAACUUCUUGUUGGAAAGAUAUAAUCUGGAGCCUGCCCAAACUGCGAGCUUGUAGAUAUAGGGUUUUAUCAGAUGCAAAUAAGGAUCUCUUCAAUCAGUUCUUAAUCUGAAGAGCACUAAACCUAAGAUAGCGUUAGAUCUUUCCGCUUCAUCGAAUUCUGUGGAAUCGAUGGCAUCUAAGGUUUCUGAACUGAAGUCCUACUUCAAGUUUCCAUUAUUGCAAGAGAAGCAAAGAUCUGUUAGAGUUUCUGACAUGCAGCAUCAGGUCGGCGAGCUCCACGAGGAGCUGAAGAGCGCAAAGGAGGAGAGGCAACAUGCUCUUGAAGAGCUUGCUGAAUUGAAGAAGAUGAAUGUAGAUUUCAAGGGCACGAUUCGGCCGAUAGAAUUACAAGAUACAAAAGAAAAGGACACAGAAAGGAAGAACCUUGACUUAAUGUUUUUUCGGACAAAGCAGCUGGAACAAUCAAAGAUUUCUUUUGAUGGGAUCAAGAAUUUUAAAGAGCACUUUAGAAGGAUGGAGCGAUCAGCUAGAACGAGUAGUAAGAGUGACAGCAAGAGAAAUGGAGCAUUUGAUUCUGUUCUUACGCAAGAGGAUAUGAGAAAGCUUAGAAAUGAACUCAGACUGGCAUCGGAGGCAGAAGAUAAUAGCCAGAAAGCCAUGAAUGAUUUUGCCAUCGCGCUUAACGAAGUAUCUGCUGGCGCCCACCAAGCAAAAUCGCAGCUUUCCGUUACUCGAGCUGAGCUAGAGAAAGCAACAGAAGAAACUCAAAAUUCAAAAUUUGUAUUGCAGACAACAGGGCAGAAGUUAAUGGAUACUUUGAAUGAUUAUGAUAAAAUGAAGUUGGAGUACGAGGAGUGCAUUUCUGUCUCGAAAGCGAAAGAGGACAGCUUUUUAUCCUGUAUGAGGAAUUCUGAAGAAGAUACAGCCAAAUUGAAGCAAGAGAACAGUAGACUGAAUGAAAUCUGUAAGAUUGCAAAGGAAGAUAAUACUAAACUGCGUCAAAUAAUGAAAGAAGCAGUUAAUGAGGCCAUAGCGUUAAAGGAAGCACUGGAGAUUGUCCGGGGUGAGAAUUCUCAGAUGAAUGAUCAACUCUUUGAAAAGGAGAACAGCUUGCAGCAAAUGCAGCAGGAUUAUGAAAGCCUUCAAGUCAGUAAAGCUGCUGCUCUUGAGAGUAUAAGAGAGAUGAAUACCUUACUUGCCUCAGCAUCAGUUGCAGAUUCAAUGAAAAACCCAAAAAAUUCUGAUUUUGGAUCAUUUAAACUUCCCAAAUCAACAAAUCAUGAUGCAAAGGCGAGAAAGAGUAUGUCAAUAUUCUCGUCCCAGAGAUGGAAAGUCGAUAAAAAUCCGACCUUGAAUCGUCGCAGGCAUUCUGUGGGAGAGCCAGGAAUGUUCGACGGCGAAUCAUUUGACAGGGAAAAAUCAAUCGAAAGUAGUAGUAUCAUGUUUAGUUCUCUUAGGAAGGCCUCUGAUGAUCGAGUUCCGUCGUCUUCGUUUAGGGUCGAGAAGGGAACUGUAGACACAGAUAGAACUGAUCAUUCGGAAGGAACACAGCACAACAACAUUGUUGAGAUGAACCUAAAGAAAAAGAAGACAGUUUUUGGAAGAAUUGGAGAUGCAAUCAGGAGGGCAAGCUUUCAUAAGUAGUGGCCAAUAAUUUCAGGCGAGUUGGGAAUUUGAUUAAACUUGAUCUUUUAAGAGCCCUUUGUUUUUUUUAUUUUUUUAUUUUUAUUUUGUAUUUUUAUUUAUUUUAUUUAUGUUUUGAUCUGAAAUAGAAUUUGUUUGGCUAUUUGAUUGAAGUAUAAUUAUUUUUAAAAACAC